CACAAAAGCGUCGCAUCAGGAGUGAAAGUGCCGAACUGAUCCAGCCUUCAGGUUUGGGUUAAAGCAAACCUGCAGCGCAGAACUGCACGGACUUUGGCCCAAACGAUUCAAACCAGCUGGAUGAUCUGGUCUGCGCAGGCGGACUGGAGCUGGAGCUGCCGGAACCGAACCUGCAGGAAUGUUUCUGGUUUCACUCGGGAGAUGUUUGUUUAAAAGCGGGUCUGUAGUUCAGAGAACCAUGACUGCGACUCAGCCGUACUGCUCAGUGGUGUACUCCGGCAGGCAGCGCGUGAACGGAGUAGAUCUUUACUAUGAGCAGACGGGCAAAGGAAAGCAUGCUGUGCUGCUCAUACCGGGGGCUCUGGGAAGCACAAGGACAGACUUUGGUCCUCAGCUGAAAUGUCUGAACAAGGAACGCUUCACUGUAGUUUGCUGGGAUCCUCGUGGUUAUGGACAGUCCCGUCCCCCGGAUCGAGACUUCCCCCCUGACUUCUUUGAUAGAGAUGCUAAAGACGCAGUGGAUCUGAUGAAGACUCUGGGCUUUGGCAACUUCUCUCUGCUGGGUUGGAGUGAUGGAGGAAUCACUGCUCUGAUUGCAGCGGCAACAAAUCCUGCUCUCAUCAAAAAAUUGGUUGUUUGGGGAUCUAACGCCUUCGUUUCUCAGGAAGACCUCAAACUUUACAACAUGGUACGGGACGUCUCCAGGUGGAGUGCACGCAUGCGGCAGCCCAUGGAGGAGGUUUACGGCGCUCACGGUUUUGCUAAAACGUGGGAGGCCUGGGUGGAUGGAAUUGCACAGUUUGCUAAAAAACCAGGAGGAAGUAUUUGCAGGGAACAGUUGCCCUUAAUCAGCUGUCCAACCCUAAUCGUCCACGGAGAAAAAGACCCCAUGGUGCCAAGUUUUCAUCCUCAGUACCUCCUCAAACACAUCAAAGGAUCCAGAUUGCAUUCCAUGCCAGAAGGAAAACACAACCUCCAUCUGCGGUAUGCUGACGAGUUCAACAAACUGGUUGAAGACUUUCUAGAAGAGUAAAAACUGGAAGCAGUUAUUGUAAAUGUGGCAAUCUUUCUGCAAACCAGUCUUAACUUCAUUUAUUUGUACAUGAUCCAAGAAUGUGACUUGUUUAUCACGUGUAUUUUCUGUAGCUAUCACAGCUAUUGAUGGAAAUGUAAGCCAUAGUGCAAAUUUUCUAAGAAAAUGUGAUUGAUACACCUUUUUGAAAAGUAUUGUAAAAAAAAACUGCCUUCACCUACAGAUUUAAAGAGACUGUUUUACAAAAUUA